AUGUUCGCCUGGAGCCUUGCCUCGCCUUCCCUUGCCUCGUUGGAGAGAACCGAAUUCUGCGCCGCCACCUCGGCAAAAUCCCUUGAAUGCCAAAAGCUCAAAAGCAUCGGUUUAGACCCCGAACAUACCCUCCGUCGCCUGACAGGUUCCAAGUUGUGUGAUUGGACAAUUGGCACCAGUACUUGGCAAGGAUCCGAGGCUUUCAAAUUUCAUCAACCACUCCACCAGCGCGUUGUGUCCACCGGGGUUCGGCUCUUACCGUUCCUUCCGGGUUCCGGCCAAUAUCCCGGGAUCUGCUGUGACAGACACGGCCACAGACCGCCGCGCCAUGCGGCCUUGACUGCCGUCCCCGAGCGGUGUUCUUGGCCGGCAGUCAGCUGGACUUGGUCUCCACUUCGGCAUCCGUGGGUCUCCAAACUCUUCGGCCAAGCCGGUCGUUGGCCGUCGGCGUCAGCUCGAUGA